AUGCAUCUCUCAUUCCUCUCCAUCCUUGCACUUGCACCUGCCGCCCUUGGUAUUGUCGUCAAUGACCCCAUUAUGAAAUCGAAACGAACUUGGCAGCUGUCAUGGAACAUUGACACCCCGAAAACCGGAUUUUUCCUUACUCGGGAUUGGAAGGAAAUGGAAUUUAUUGGCGUUGCGGAGACUGCGAAAGAAACAGCUACUUUCUGA